CCCCUAGGGGCUGGACUUUGAAAUGAGAACAAUAACCUCUACUCUCAAACCUAAACACCAGAUCGCUCCUCUUCCCCAUAUAUACACAAUUCCCGCUUAACUCCUUUCUUCUUCACCUUUAUGGUUUACAACUGCCGCACACCAGCCUAGCGUUUCCAUCAGCAGGAAGAAAUGGCGGUCCCUUUGCUGUCGAAGAAGAUUGUGAAGAAGCGUGUUAAGAAGUUCAAGAGGCCCCAAAGUGAUCGCAAGAUCUCUGUCAAGACAAACUGGCGAAGGCCCAAGGGUAUUGACUCCCGUGUUAGGAGGAAGUUCAAGGGAUGCACUUUGAUGCCUAACAUCGGUUAUGGGUCAGACAAGAAAACACGCCACUAUCUUCCCAAUGGGUUUAAGAAAUUCGUGGUGCACAAUGUCCAAGAGCUAGAGCUUCUCAUGAUGCACAACAGGACAUACUGUGCUGAGAUAGCACAUGAUGUUUCAACGAAGAAGAGGAAGGAAAUCGUUGAGCGAGCAGCACAGUUGGAUGUUGUCGUUACCAACAAAUUGGCUAGGUUGCGCAGCCAGGAGGACGAGUGAAGGUCGGUUCUUGAAUGUUGAUUUUGCUCUUUUUAAUAUGAUAUUUUCUUGUUUAGGAAGUAAGAACUUUUGGUCCAAUGUUAAAAUUAUUAUAUUUUUAUCUGAGUAGCAUUGUCUCUUUUUUUUGUUGUGAUUUGAGUAUAGAACCCCAUUUCUAAUUUAAUUAUGCUUGAUGUUUUGAGGGA